AUGCAAAGUGGCAUGGACCUCGAAGCUCUCGAGAGGGCAUGCACGGCCGACCUUGGUCGUGCUCGACUCGACGAGUUGCCGCUAAGCAACAAGGAGCUGCGUGGGCCGACGUUUGCCCCGACUCGCAACAACGAGGCCAAGCACAUUCCCGCCGUGUUUAAGGAGACCCUCCGGUCAAAGUGGAGUGUCCCCAUCCACGACGAGGAGUCCGAGCAGAUGCAAGGCCUCGCAAUUGACGACGCGAGGCCCUGGGCCACAAAGAGAGCCCCCAACACCAAAGCUCCUGCCAAGCCCAACGACGAGAACAAGCCGAAGACCAACCCUGUGGCUUCCCUACUAAAGGCCGUGCCAGUUGCAGCCCCAGAUCCUCCUGCGCCACUCGAACACAUAAUCUGCAAAGGGGACUGCCAGGUGCAAGGGCUCCAGGGCGCAAGUAACACAAUGGUCGACUUUGAGAUGAAAGUUGACAUGCGUACCAACAACGCCUACCUGGUUCUUGUCUUCCCUGGCAAUGACCGGCGGGUGCACAAUGUCGUAACCCUCAAAGAACCAACGAUCCAGGAUGGAUGGUGCAUCGUGAUGACCAAUGAUGCGAGCAUCGAAUAUCGCCUGAGGCUUGGGGCUGAGAAGUCCACUCAGUCCCUCAAGACAUACCUAGAGUGCCUCCGCCUAGCAGUCGUCAGGCAGAACGCCAGGAACGCCAUGGCUGGCAUCUCGAGCCCGGUAGUGGCUCAACAGGCCGCCCCAAAAGCCCCAACUAUCCCAGAGAAGCCGGCCAAGGCCGAGAUUGAACAAUUGAUCGUCACCUCGAUCGCUCCCAGCCUGGCAGCUCCCUCCACUGUCCCCGCCCCCAAUGUGCAAAAGCCGAGUAGCGCAAAGUCGACAACGCACGUCGUCGGACGGGCCACAGGAAACGUGGAAGAGCGUCUCAACUGUCUCAUCCGUCGCUUGAUCCCGGGGUUUGCGGGCCGCGAGCUGGGUGAGAAAGAGGCCGAAGGACUAGGCGGCGACUACCUCAAUCUCAUUCAAAUGCUGGAGGGCAUGGAACACAAGCUGAAGCUCCAACGAAAUGACAAAGGCGACCAGGCCCAGUUGCGAAGCCCGUCUCUGGCUUCUCUCAGAGAACUUGAGAUUGGCAAGAGCCCGACCCCGCUUCGAUACACCUUGGAUGAGAUGAAAAGCUUCAACAAAAACACGACGCCACGCACCAAGCGUCUUGGCAGCGCAGGAUCACUCUCCAACGAAAACUCAUCGGUAGCGAAAACGACGGCGCCGACCAAGCUCCCAAACUUCUCCGAGUGCCGAGACUGGCUAUUUGGCACUUCUAGCAGCACCAAGUCUCCGGCAGAGGCCACUGACACUCGCACGCCGCAGUCGACGGGCGCGGCUUCCUCGGCUUUCGCCCCUGCGCAGUUGGGCUGGGAAGCUCUUUGUGCGGGGGGUCUCAAAGAGCCCGUCUCCUCGGCAGAGCCUAUGGAGAUUGUGAACCAGGCCCAAGGUUGA